AACCUGUCCAGCUGUCUGUGGUGGCUCUUCAACAAAGAUCCAGGGAGACUUUACCUGGAGCUGCAGUUCUUCUGUGCCGUGGCGAACUACGGACAGGGCUUCCUGUCCUUUGGGAUCUUUGGUCUGGACAGACACCUCAUCAUCAUGCCCUUCAAGAAGAGGCUGCUCUGGCUGUGGCAGGGGCGGGAUGCUGAGGACUUGAGUCCCUCAGGUGUACCAGAGGAGGUCAGACUCACCUGCACCCAGUUUGUCCGCUACCACAAAGACCAGUGUGUGCAGGACAUAGUGCACACGCGCAGGUGUGGAGGAGGAGGAGGAGGACGACUGGAGGAGGAGGAGGAGGAGGAGGAGGACGGGGCUGUGACUCACUCCUCCUCCCACAUCACACAUCAUCAGGAGCAACUGAACCACGAUCUGCACCAGAUUCACCAAACUCACCUGAGCUCGUCUGAGCGCUGCGGCCCGAGCCCGCCUCCCGCCCGCCUGCCCCGCCCGCCCCGCCCGCCCCGCCUGCCCCGCCCUCUUCACUCUGACGGUAAAAACCAGCCUCCAUCAUCUGACUGUGAGGAGCAGAUCCAGCAGCUCCAGUCCGGCUACGACCCCGCCGACCCCCCACACCAGCAUGACCUUCCUCUGAGCCCGCCGCGUCCCCGCCCCCCUCAGACGCGGCUCCGGAGCGUGUUUUGGGGCAGCGCCCUGGUGGACUGGCUGCUGGAGCGAGGCCUGUGCGCCGGGCGAGCCGAGGCCCGCCUCUACGGCGUCCGGCUUCAGCAGGGAGGCGUGCUGGAUCACCUGACAGGUCAGCACGCCUUCAGGGACGCACCCUUCCUGCUGUACCGCUUCACGCAGGCGGGAGAGAGCGGCAGAGCCGAGGCGUGGUCACACAUCAUGUGACAGGAAGUGAGGAGGUGUGUGCGCUUUGAUGGACAGGUGUGUGAGAAACAUCUGUCUCCAGCUGAGGAAAGGACAGUCGGGGUUAAUGAGGGCUGUACCGAAUACUUUUACUUUCUAAACCUAAACCAACAUCAGAAACAUUUUCAUUUCACUAAGUUUUUUUAA